GUUUUUUCUUUUUUUCGAGUAAUCCAACUACAAAGGUUUUUUCUUUCUUUCCCUUUUUUUUUCUUUUUUUUUAACAUGGCUAGUGCAAAGAACUUUUUUACUACAGGUAGAAAUAUUAUUGCUAUUGGACGUAAUUUUAGUGAACAUGCUAAAGAACUUGGUAAUGCUGUUCCCACUUCUCCUUUUUACUUUUUGAAGCCUACUUCUUCCUAUUUAGCCAAUGGUGGUAUUGUUGAAAUACCUAAAGGUUGUGAAGUACAUCAUGAAAUUGAACUUGCUGUUGUUAUUGGGAAAACUGGACGCGAUAUCAAGAAGGAGGAUGCUAUGAAUCAUAUUGCAGGUUAUGCAUUGGCUAUUGAUAUGACAGCUAGAAAUGUUCAGAAUGAAGCAAAGAAGAAAGGAUUACCUUGGAGCACUGCUAAAGGAUUUGAUACUUUUACCCCAAUCAGUGACUUUAUACCAAAGGAAAGAAUUAGUGAUCCAUCCAAUGUUAAUCUAUGGUUGAAGGUCAAUGAUGUUUAUCGUCAAAAUGGAAAUACCAAAGAUAUGAUUUUCAAUGUACCAUCAUUGGUGGAAUAUGUAUCUUCAAUUAUGAAACUAGAAACUGGUGAUGUUAUGCUUACUGGUACUCCUAAAGGUGUUGGCCAAAUUGUGAAUGGAGAUGUGAUUACUUGUGGAUUACGUGUAGGAUCUGAUGACAAGGAUUUGGUGAAUAUGAGAUUUGAUGUUAAGGAUCGUCAAAACAGUAGCUAUAGUUUUAAAUAAACAUUACUUGAAAUUCCGCAAAAUGCUUUAAUCCGCAUGACGAACAUAUAUAUAAAAAACUCACACGUUACUCUUCUUUGUUUUUGUUUCUUUUUCUUUUUGUUUCUUUUCCUUCUCUGUCACUUCUGUACUUUUUCUUUUUUGUCUUUAUUAUGACUGUAAGGAAAAAAUAUAAAUAUAUAUAUAUCAACUUACAUGACAAUGCUUCAUUCCUAUUAUUUCUUAUCUUUCUUUUUUUUUAAAAAAAAAAAAA